UUACACCCACCGGAAAUGUCUGCAGCGCCAGCAAAAAUGAAACGGAACGAAACCUGAUUUUUUUUUACUGUAUAUUUUCACUUCAGUUAUCCAAACAGGUGUUAUUAUUGUCCAAGAACUAUGGCUCAUUAUCACUGCCAAAAGCCUCGAGAGUAUUAAUUUCCGUUUCUCGUGAUUAAGGGAAGUACCUUGCCAAGCAAGUGUUUUGGAAACAUCAUCACCGGGUGGGCCGAGACGUGUGGGAGGAGGAGGCAACGUUUUCCCAAAGCUAGCUAAGCUAACGCUAGACUGGCUAGCUAGACCCCAUGGUCUUUUUAAGCUAAACCCGCUUCGUCGCUGGCGAGAUCCUAGUCUGGCCAGCUUGCAACACACCCAAACAUGGAACACUAUCAUGAGUAUUCGUAGGGAAAAUAGUAUUAUUCUACCAUAUCAGCAGCUGGCUAGCUAACGGUUUCAGUAUGCCCAAUCGACGGUGUUUUUUGAAGCUUGACAGUGCCUAAUACAGGCCUGCAUUUUUCGAUCUGGAAAUUUAUUGACAGGAUAGCUAGCCGUACGGUUUUUUCUGACUAGCCAACAUAGCUAGUUAGCGCUAGCCUUUUCGCUGCAUCCCUGCCCAAGCUAUGUGGGCUGUGUCGGUAAUAUAUCAGUGACCAUAUCAGUAAGCUAGCAACCCUUAGUAUUGCAAUUUUAUUGGAGGAAGUUCAUCCGAACUGUACAUUUUAUGGGAUUCAUAUCGACAAGACACAAGUGGGUCUGAGCAAACAUGGUGAAUUGGAGGCGGCUGCUGCGGGUGUCGAACCGCUCCUUUUUGGCCUUUAUCUUUUUCUUUUCAAUGUCCACCACAUGUCUCUAUUUCAUAUAUGUGGCUCCUGGAAUAGCCAACACCUACUUCUUCAUGGUACAGGCCCAGGGCAUCAUGUUAAGAGACAAUGUAAGGACCAUUGGCCAAAUGAUCCGAUUGUACACCAAUAAGAACAGCACCCUCAACGGCACAGAUUACCCAGACGGCAUUAACUCCAGUGAGUAUGUGGCCCAGCCAACCACAUACCUCCCGGAAAACUUCACCUACGCCCAGAACCUUCCCUGCCCAGAACGCUUACCUUCUAUGAAGGGUCCUAUGGAUGUGAGCAUGACUGAGAUCCCCAUGGAGCAGAUUGAGAGGAAGUUCUCCAAGCACCUGGACAUUCGGUACGGGGGCCACUGGAAACCAAAGGACUGCAAGCCACGCUGGAAGGUUGCCAUACUGAUUCCGUUCCGAAACCGCCACGAGCACCUGCCCAUCCUCUUCCAGCACCUGACGCCCAUGCUCCAGAGACAGAGGCUGCAGUUUGCCUUCUACGUCAUCGAGCAGACUGGUAGCCAGCCCUUCAACAGAGCCAUGCUGUUCAACGUGGGUUACCGCGAGGCCAUGAAGGACAUGGACUGGGACUGCCUGGUGUUCCACGACGUCGACCACAUCCCCGAGAACGACCGCAACUACUACGGUUGCGGUCAAAUGCCUCGCCACUUUGCCGCCAAGCUGGACAAGUACAUGUACAUACUACCGUACAGCGAGUUCUUCGGCGGGGUGAGCGGCCUCACCGUCGAGCAGUUCCGCAAGAUCAACGGCUUUCCCAACGCAUUCUGGGGCUGGGGAGGGGAGGACGACGACCUGUGGAACAGGGUGCACUAUGCCGGCUUCAACGUGACGCGGCCCGAGGGAGAGAUGGGGAAAUACAAGUCCAUCCCACACCACCACAGAGGAGAGGUGCAGUUCCUCGGGAGGUAUAAGCUACUGAGGUAUUCCAAAGAGAGGCAGCACCUGGACGGCCUGAACAACCUCCACUAUACGCCCCAGAUCGCCCUAAGCAGCCUCUACAAGAACAUCAGCGUUGACCUCCACCCAGACCUGGCCCCCAUCGCAGACUACUGAGCCCCCCGCCCAACCCUCUCCAUCUCCUCAUCCCCCCCAGAGGCAACCCACCAUGGACUGGGGGGUGGGGGCGUGGGGUGAUGGUGGGGGGAGGAGGAGAGGGAGGAAGGUGAUCAGGCUGUGUGGGGUGGGGGGGGACACACACUGUAACGCUGCCAAGAAACCUAGCUGAAAAAAAAGAAAAAGAAAAAAGAUACAAAAAUAAGACAGGCAGGGGUAAAGAAUCUGUUCAUCGAACUAUUGAUUGUGAGUGCGUGUGCGUCUGUGUGCGUGUUUCUGUCUUAAUCCGGGGGGGUGCGCGUGUCGUAAGUGUGUGCGCGCGUGUGUUGGCAACGUGAAAGCCGGCGCGCGCUUGCAUGUGUCUGCGAGCGAGCGCCGCCGCUGCGCACCGCGUCGCUGCAUGUCUCCGUGUGUCCGUGCUGUCUUUCGCUACUAAGGGUCACGUCACGGCUUCAUCCAUGUGGAGGGAAAGGAGGCCUUUCCCCAGCCGUUUACUGCAAAGCCUUAACGUCGGGGGGGGUCCCCCCCCCCCUCCGCGACUCCCCC